AAUCUACCGAGCGCCGAACCGGACAGUGAAACACGAUGCGAUCGUUCCUAGCGAUCACCGUGGUGUGCCUGCUGGCCUGUACCGCCAGCGGCUACUACAUGACGAAGGAGGUCAAGUAUGCGGACAAGCCGUUCCUGGAGAAGCAGAAGGCCAUGCUGGAGAUCUUCCAGUACGUGCACCAGCCGGAGCUGCACACGCACCUGUGGGACGACCAGAAGGCGUUCGAUCUGGCCGCGUACAAGGAGCACUUCACCAAGCCGCAGGUCGUCGAGGAGUUCCUGCGCUUCUACAAGUACGGCUUGCUGCCGAUGGAGGAGAUCUUCUCCGUGUACAACGAGUACCAUCGGGAGCAGGCGGUCGCCCUGUUCCAUCUGUUCUACUACGCCAAGGAUUGGGACACGUUCUACAAGACGAUGGUGUGGGCCCGCUUCCACGUGAACGAGGGCAUGUUUGUGUACGCGGUCACCGUGGCGGUGCUGCAUCGGGCCGACAUGCAGGGCAUCGUGCUGCCGGCACCGUACGAGAUCUACCCGUACUACUUCUUCAACGACGUCGUGAUCAGCAAGGCGCAGCGCUACAAGAUGCAGGGCUUCUAUCGCAUGAAGAAGGCCGACGGUGUGUACAGUGCGUUCAUCCCGAGCAACUACACCGGGUACUACGUGCACAGCAAUCCGGAGCAGCGCGUCAGCUACUUCAUGGAGGAUAUUGGCCUGAACGCGUACUACUACUACUUCCACGCCGACUAUCCGACCUGGAUGGGCGGCAAGGAGUACGGACUGUACAAGGACCGGCGCGGUGAGUUCUAUCUCUACCAGCACCAGCAGUUCCUGGCCCGCUACUAUCUCGAGCGUCUGUCGAACGAUCUCGGUACGAUUCCGACCUUCUCCUGGUACGAGCCGAUCGUGACCGGGUACUACCCGUACCUGCGCUACUACAACGGUGUGCCGUUCCCGGCCCGCGAAAACUACCACAACGGCUACACGGAGAAGCACGACGUGGUGCAGGAGAUCACGGACUACGAGCGUCGCCUGAUGGAGGCAAUCGAUUACGGAUUCAUCAUCCUCCCGGACGGUACGUUCGUGAACAUUACCACCCCGACCGGGGUGGAGUAUCUGGGCAAUCUGAUCCAAUCGAACGGCGACAGCGUGAACAAGCGCUUCUACGGCUACCUGGAGAAGGUGGCCAAGUUCUUCCUCGGCGGCUCGUUCGAGAUGUUCAACGAGUUCCGCGCGGUGCCGAGCGUGCUCGAACGCUACGAGACGGCGAUGCGCGAUCCGGUGUUCUACCAGUUCUUCAAGCGCGUGAUUGGCUUCUACUACCGCUAUCUGGACACGCUGCCGAGCUACAAGUACGACGAGAUUAACUUCCCCGGCGUGAAGCUCGAGACGGUCGAGAUGGACAAGCUGGUCACGUACUUCGACAACUUCGAUGCGGACAUCACGAACGCCGUCGAUGUGGAGGUGUUCGACGAAAACACGAUGAAGGCGGGCGAGAUGAAGAAGUUCGGCAAGAUGGCCCACUACCAGGGCGAAGACUUUGUGCUGUACGCGCGCAUGCCCCGCCUCAACCAUCUGCCGUUCUCGUUCAAGCUGAACGUCGUGUCGGACAAGCCGCAGAAGGCGGUGGUGCUGGUGUUCCUCGGCCCGAAGUACGACCAGUACGGUAACGCUUACAGCGUGAACGCUAACCGCGAGAACUUCUUCCAGCUCGACCACUUCCUGGUCGAUCUGGUGGCGGGCGAGAAUGCGAUCACACGCAACUCGCAGGACUUCAGCUGGUUCGUCAAGGACCGCACGACCUACUUCGACCUGUACAAGCAGGUGAUGCAGGCGUACAACGGUGACUACAAGUUCCCGCUCGACAUGUCCGAGGCGCACUGCGGCUUCCCGGCCCGCCUGAUGCUGCCGAAGGGCAAGAAGGGCGGCAUGCCGUUCCAGUUCUUCUUCAUGAUUGCCCCGUACCAUGCGCCGGAGGUCGAGCGCUUCACCGGCUACGAUCAGACGCUUUCCUGCGGCGUUGGUUCCGGCGCGCGCUACAUCGAUGCGCUGCCGUUCGGCUAUCCGUUCAAUCGCAAGAUCAACGAGGCUACCUGGUUCACGCCGAACAUGGUGUACUACGACACGAUGAUCUUCCACAAGAGCGAAACGGAGGUCAACUCGGUCGUUGUCUAGGCACGCGCCAGCAGCGGUUUGCUUUGGUUUGAGUAGAAUGAGCGAUGUUUGGGUUUUUGUUUGCAGUUAAUAAAUUAAACGUACAAUCAGA